CCGGUUUCUGACGCCUUAGCCCGGAUAUUCUCGCCGAGAGAGAGAGAGAGAGAGAGAGAGAGAGGGAGAGAGAGAGGGAGAGAGAGAAUGCUGAGACUUGAAGUCAGGAGGCGAUUGCUCGGCGUUUUGAGGGGCAAGUGUGGUAAUUUCUUCGAAAAGCGAGGGUUUUCAUCGACGGGAACGGCCGGAGGAAGGCUUCAGGGCAAGGUGGCCCUGAUCACAGGCGGAGCUAGUGGGCUAGGCAAGGCCACGGCCCAUGAAUUCAUCCAACAAGGCGCCAGAGUCAUUAUCGCUGACGUUGAUACCCACCUAGGCCCACUAGCUGCAGAAGGCCUGGGCCCACAAGCCCACUUCAUCCCCUGCGACGUUACGGUGGAGCACCAAGUAGCGGACGCUGUGGAUUUCUCCACGUCCCACCAUGGCAAGCUAGACAUCAUGUACAACAAUGCUGGCAUCCCAGGCCCAUCUGUCCCACCAAGCAUCGCCGAUCUCGAUCUGGACGCCUUCGAUCGCGUCAUGAACGUCAACGUCCGAGGAGUGAUGGCUGGGAUCAAGCACGCGGCGCGCGUGAUGAUCCCAGCUGGCACGGGCUGCAUUCUCUGUACGGCCAGCAUUAGCGGGAUCUUGGGCGGGCUUGGGCCCCACCCAUACACUGUCUCGAAGUUCGCGAUUCCAGGGAUCGUGAAAUCAGCGGCCAGCGAGCUUUGCCGGCAUGGUGUACGGAUCAACUGCAUUUCGCCAUUUGUGGUCCCCACACCUCUGGUCCUUGAUCAGCUGGCUGCAUUCUACCCUCGCGAUCGGAUCGCCGAGAUCGUGGCUGGAUUGGGCGAUCUGAAGGGGAUGAAAUGUGAGGAGGCUGACGUGGCGCGGGCCGCAGUCUACCUGGCGUCUGAUGAGGCCCAGUACGUAACGGGCCACAACUUGGUUGUUGAUGGAGGGUUCACAUCCUUCAAGCGGCUUAAUUUCCCGACGCCAGAUCAGAUGGGAUAGGAUCUUUCUUUGACUUACACGUGUGUUUCUCAUUACGCGCCACGUGGCACAUUGCAAGCGUGCCACGUAGAUAGUCGAUUUUGUGUAGAGCAUACAUGGGAGGGCCUACCUCGAUAGCUGCACGUGCCAAAAUCCGGGCCGUUAAUCCUCAACGGCCUACCUUGAACAUGCCCUGGCCCAAAAUACUCCGGUCCAACUCACUCUGUGGGGCCCACCUUUAUUAGAUAACUCGACGUUUUUGAAGAAAUGAUCGGCAUACGUAUUUUGUGAUCCGCCAAUGCGUGGACCGCGCUGAUGAUAAGGUUAGGUUUGUUCAUGGUAGGAACGGAUGAUCAAUUGCCAGGAUCUUCCACGUGUGAGCUGCGCUGGUACGUGUGAACCGAAUCAGAUGCCGUCAUUGACAACGCAGUCGAUAAAUUCAAACUUGCUUGUCUAGGAAAAGUCAGAAGGGUUGUUUCGGUAAUUUUUGUGUAGGUUAAGGGCAAUUUAGUAAAAAUCAAAGGGUGAGUUUGUUUUGGUA